AUGUUUCUUUUUAAACCACAUAAUAAUUAUCUUGAUAUAUAAAAAAGUCUUUUGUCUAAGUAAUAUCAUUUAUAUAUUGUUGUGUAGGUUUUUAAACAGAACAUUUUAACUUACUUUAGCAUAUAUUGCUCUAUAAAUUUUUAUAGCUAAAAGCGCUACAAAUAGCUACACACCCGCCUUCUAAGCUGUUAACAUCAUAUUAAUUCUUGUCAUAAAACAAAUUACUGCUACAUUUAGAGUAAACGCAUAGAUUAUUAUUUGAAUCUAACUUAUAAUCAUCUAAACAUUUAAUGCAUGUAUUUUAGCUAUUGCUGA